AUGGCAGACCCUACGGAUACGAACGAGACGAUCAUCACGCCAGCUCAGGCAGAAGCCGCCGAGUCCGUAGACAAAAUCCCAUGCGGAAUCUGCAGGCGGCAGUUCUCGCGGUACCCCUCUCCCCUUCAUCUCCCCCGCAACCCCACGAUGCUCACCCGUCCCAUCCCGUCCCGCCUCGCCCCAUCCCGCCCCCAUCCCAUCCCGCUUUGUCCGCAGUCCCACUCUCGGUGCUCCGAGCCGUUCUAUCGCGCAGAGCUCGAGACCGACAUCCGCGCCGAGCCCUCAAAGUCGGCAGAGGAGCGCGCGCGCAUGAUGGAGCUCCUGCGCCGGUUCGAGGCGGACGCCCUCGACGACCCGUUCGCAGACUCGCCCGACGAGCCCGACUCGGAUCCCGCCGAAGCAGCCGACGGCGACGAUCUAGAGCGCAGGCUCGCGGGGAUGGACCUCGACGGCGCGUCGUACGAACAGCUCUGGGCCGUCCUGACCCCAUCCGAGCGCACCAAAUUCCUCACGGCCGUGCGCGACCCCUCCUCCGAGCUCGCGCAGCAGCUCCUCGCGCGCCAAGCGCUCGCAGAGGAGCCCCUCGAGCCGUGGUGGCUCGCCGGCGCCCCGCCCGGGCCCACACACCCGCCCAACCCGCCGUCCCUCCAGCUCGCGCACCGCCCGCCCCCAAAAUACGCCCCGCGGCCCGCGCUCGUCCCGCUGCCCGCCUCCCUGGCCCGCCCGCCCCCGCGCGCCGAGCAGCGCGACUUCCCGCUCGCGUACAACCUCGUCGCGAUCCUCAUCGCGUACGCAUACGCCACGCGCCACCUCGCCGCCUCCCCGCUGUCGAGCCUAGAGGCGCCCGCGGACGCGCGCGCGCUGAUGGGGCGCGCGGUGCCGUUUCUGGUCGACAGGCGGGCGACGACGCGGUUCGCGUCGCUCGCGGGCGUCGUCACGGACGUGUGGUCGCGGCUCGGCCAGGUGCGCCCUUUCUUCCGCCCAGAGCGCAUUGGGGGCGCUUUUGUGGGGGUUUUUUUUUUGUUUUCUGACUGGGUGGGUGGGCGAGAGCAGGGUACGAUGACGCCGUCGGCUUUCUCUCUCUUGCUCCGCGACGCCGCGACGCUGCUCGCUCCGCGGCGCGUCUCUGUCGUCGGGUUCAUCAACGACGACGACGACGAUGACGACGACGGCGACGGCGGAGCUCCCGCGCGGGAGGACCCACCGGCCGAUCCGCCCGCGUCGCCUGCAUCGCGCGCGCUCUCGGAUCUGCAUGCGCUCUUCCGGCCCGCGCACCCCAGCGUCGCCGCGAAGGUGCUGUUCUACGCCGCGCAGGUCCAGGGCGCGCCCCCGCCGGUGCUGGCGGCGCUCGCGGCCGAGGUGGGGGCCAAGGCGAGGAGGGUGGAGGCGGAGAGCCUUGUGGGGGCGGGGGUUGCUGCGGGGGCGGGGGCGACGCUGGGGAGGCCAGGGAGCGGAGAUGGGGGUCGGCCGAAGAAGGCGGUGGUGACGCUGGUUGAUUCGUGA